AUGGCCAUUAAAGUAGCUUCUGUACUGCCUCGGCAAACUUUGCUUUACAUUUCACCAUCCUUUUCAUGUGGGGCGAUGGGGAAGCGUAUCUUCAUGCCCUUUUCUCACCAUUGUUGCCUUUCAGGAGAAAAGAAGAAACCCAACAAGAAUUUAAAAUUGAUAACAGGUUUGCAGGAUAUAAGAGAGACAUGUCCCACGAAGGAAAUGCGCUGCGGAAAGAUUUCGAAACAUAGCGACGGUGGGAUCGAAUAUCCUGGAGAAUCCUUAAAGCAAGUUCCUCAAAUUGAGGAGAGGAAGAAGAAAGUAUUUGACUAG